UUUUUGAAAUGCAUGAGUAAACGUCGGAACAUUUGCUGAAAGUUAAAAACGAGUGUUGUGAUGUAUCGGGAGAUUACUCGGCCUAAUAUUAUCUUACAUAACUUGCGGCAAGUGUUACAGAGACGUUAAUUGAAAGGCCGCUGCGCUAGAACAAUAGAUCGAAUAGGCCUAACCUAACCAUGAGCAACAAGACUAACAAUAACGGGGAGAUAGAUCCUGUGCAGGAGCAGCUGACCGGACGAGUACGGGAGGUCGGGAACUACGCGAUCUGGAGCUUAUCCAGCUGUAAGCCGGGAUUCGGCGUGGACCAGCUUCGCGACGACAUCACAGAAACCUACUGGCAAUCGGACGGGCAGCUGCCACACUUGGUCAACAUACAGUUCAAGAGAAAGACGACCAUUCGCGACAUAUGCAUCUACACGGAUUACAAGCUGGACGAGAGCUACACUCCCAAUAGGAUAAGUAUCAGAGCCGGGACCAACUUUAACGAUUUGCAGGAGGUAGAGGUGAUGGACUUGAAUGAGCCGAGCGGAUGGAUAGUGAUUCCUAUCAAAAACAUUAAUGAUCGACCAAUUAGGACGUUCAUGAUUCAGAUAGCAGUUAUCAGCAAUCAUCAAAAUGGCAGGGACACUCACAUGAGGCAAAUCAAGAUCCAUAGCCCUGCACAAGAUAUCCUUGGUCCACCAGCGCCUUACCUCCCAGGGCAAUUUCUCACCAAUGAAUUUUUACGCUACGCCACUAUUAGAUAAGACUUACUGGAAUUUGGAAAGGUAGAAACUGUGCAGAAAAAAUUGUAAACACGAUAUUAUUGGACAUUCAAACUCGCAUCGUGAAUCAGUCAUGAUCAGUAGCUCAUGAACCUACUUCAUGUAAAUAUGUUACGAGAACUCUUCCUGAUUUUCACAUUAAUAUGUGUAACACAGUGUGGACGUUACCUUUCUCACUCGACGGAAAAUUUGUACGCGAUACUCGAUCGUACAACAGAAUACUUCAAAAAUCUCAGUGAUGGUAAAAUAUCAAUUGCUUUAUCACUCAAAUACAAAAACUACAAAAUUACCUCUAUUCAAUGAAACAUAUUUGACAUUUUAGUGUACGAUGUAUUAAAUAGUGAGACUUUGAAUAAUAUUAACAACGAAAUUGUUAAGUAUAUGAAUGAUACGACUGAAACAAUUCUUCAGGAAAGCAAGCGUCGAAAGAGGGGUCUUCAGAAUGAACCCCAUAAAGGUAGGAAAAUAAUUUCUUCUAUGUAUAUUUGAGUAAAAAGCUUGUGAAAUUAAAUCAAUUUUUGUAUAAU